AUGAGUUUCACAGUUGAUGGUGUUGCAGUCAUAGCAGAUCUAAAUUGGCUUUUUGCUGAAUCAGAAAAACGGGCUAGUGAAAUGCUCUUUUAUCUGAGUGAUGAUUGGCAUAAAGCUUAUGUCAAACAGAAGCCAUCGGCACCAGAAAAAGUCGAGAAAGCACCGAAAACGACUGAACUACAUCGAGCUAAACUUGCCUCUUUUGGAAAAUCAUUAAUUAAAAAACGUGAGUUUUACCGAGCUGCUUAUUUUUUAAAGCAGUUGAAAAAUGAAUCUUCAUAUGAUCGAUUUAUGUAUUAUUGGGCAAGAUAUUUGGCGUAUGAACACAAUCGGCUUGAAGCUGAAGCAGAUGCAAUCGGUCGAUAUGAAUUUGACAACACGGAGUUCAAAGAGUUACAUAAUGAACUUUGCGCACUUGGAAACAACCAUCCAGAAUAUUUCGAUACGUUUCUUCUGUACCUUCUUGGCAAAGUGCGCUGCAGUUUAAAAUUAGAAGAGAUGGCAAAAGAAGCAUUUCUUGAAUCCAUAAUGCUUAAUCGAGCAAUGUGGCCAUCAUGGGAAGAACUAGUUAUGCUUUUGGAUUCUGUUGAGGAGAUAGAAUUAGAAGAAUAUUCAGUGGGCGGACAUUGGAUGUAUCAAUUUUUCAAAGGUUUGGUGCUUGCUCGUUUUCAGCUGCACAGAAAUGCAUUAGAGCAGUAUGAAAAGCUAAGUGAAUCAGGUUUUCCUAAUAUGCCCUAUAUCAUGAAUAAAGCUGCUACUGCUAUGAAUAACAUGCAAGAGCAUGAUAUGGCAUUGCAGUUCUUCCAAAAAGUACGCAAGGCUGAUCCAUAUCGUGUUGAUCAGAUGCACUUGUAUUCUGACUCGCUAUACGUUCGAGGAUUCCGUUCAGAAUUGGCUGAUCUUGCUCAUUCUUUCUUCAGAACACAUAAAUUCUCUUGGGAAACAUGUUGUAUUGUAGCAAAUUACUAUAGUUUGCGUGGUGAUCACGAGAAGGCUGUUGUUUUCCUUCAACGGUCACUUAACCUCAAUCCGAAUAAUUCUGCAGCUUGGACUUUGAUCGGACAUGACAUCUUUGAUUUAGAAGCUGAUUCACAUGAUUAUCGUGGUUGGUACGGUUUGGGGCAGUUGUAUGAUAUACUGAAAAUGCCUUCGUAUUCAUUGUACUAUUAUCAGCAAGCUCACAAAUGCAAACCAGAUGACUCGCGCAUGUUAGUUGCACUAGGAGAAGUUUAUGUACGACUCAACCAAAUUGCUGAUGCUCAGAAAUGUUUCUUGAAGGCUUAUAAAGUUGGGGAUGUUGAAGGAACCGCUUUGAUGUUGCUUGGAAAGCUUUACCAGAAAAAUGGAGAGGACGAUCAAGCUGCACUCAUUUAUGAAAAAUAUUUGAAUGUUUAUGGAGAAGAGCUGAUUGAUGAUUUCAACAAUAUUUCAACAUGCUGCUAUUUUCUUGCUAAAUAUUAUAUUAAAAAGCGUGAUGUAGAUUCUGCUAUUCCUUUCGCGCAGCGUUGUUUGGAAUAUGAAACUACGAAGGAAGAAGGUCGAAAUACGCUACGUCAAAUAAGUCAGAUGCACCAUCGACUAACAGCUGCAAUUUCUGAAGCAACUGCGCCUGGAGAAUCGUCAACUGGGAAUGUUAUUCGCGGAAGUUCAACGCCUCAUGAUCUGCGUGGAACGAUAAUUGAAGAGGGCGAAGCUGAAAUGCUUGUUUCGUCCGAUGGCUCCGAUGUCUCCGAAGACUCAUCGUUAAACACUUCAUACUAA